UCAAUUUUGAGCUAAGAUGUGAGAAUUUUAUUCAAAACACCGCGUUCAGUCAAAGCCAUCUUUACACUCGAUAGGUUGACGGCACUUCUGGUAGAAUCUAGUGAGCUCAGGAGAUCAGGAGCAGGGGCGAUUGGUUGAUGGCGCCCGCGGAAGGCGAAUCGCUGGCGGCGCCGCUGCUCGAGCGGAGCGCCAGGCGGCUGGACCCGUUCGUGGAGGUGCGGCUGUAUCGGCGGGGCGCCGGCCCGGUGGCGAUCUUCCGGUCGGACCUGGCGGGCCCUCGCCGCGACCGCCUCGACGUGCGCUGCAUCCAGGCCAGGCACGGCCUCCGGGCGCUCUACGCCUUCAAGCCCGAGGGAUCCCGCCGCGGCCUCCGGAUCAGGUGCGACCCGGCCGCCGGCUACUCCGCGCUGCCCUUCCGCGACGGCGCCGCCAUCGCCCUCGACGGCGAGCCCAAGGAGUCGUGGACGAAGCCGGUGUCGGUGAUCGUCGCCGGCCUGCUGGUGCCCGCGGUGAUGGCGGCGGUAGCGGUCAACGGGGUGCCGGAGCUUCUGCGGUCGUCGAGGUUGAUCAACGGGAUCUUCCCGCCGUGGAUCCUCGUCAGCGCGGUCAUCAUCUUCGCGCGCGCCAGGACGCGGCCAAGGGCUCCGUGAGCCAGGCAGCCGGAGCUUACAUGUAUCGCUCUUGAACGCAUCAGUUUCUUUCCCUUAUGGGCCACAUACAAUCCUUGCCUAAUGUAAGAAUUAAUUGUGAUGUAAUGUCGAGAAAAUGGACUAUAUCCGCACCAGAUUUUGCUUGAUGAAAUGUUAUCUGAAUUUUGGAGUUU